GAGGCCAUCAUGGCCAAGAUGACAACACGGGAGAUGCUGGAGAACAUGCCUGCCUUGGACCCCUGGAGCUCCAGCAGCGACUCUGAGGAGCCUGAGCUAAAGAACCAGGCAGGGAAGAAGAUAGAGAAGUGGUGGGCCCCAGGGAACGAGGCCAUCAUGGCCAAGAUGACAACACGGGAGAUGCUGGAGAACAUGCCUGCCUUGGACCCCUGGAGCUCCAGCAGCGACUCUGAGGAGCCUGAGCUAAAGAACCAGGCAGGGAAGAAGAUAGUGAAGUGGUGGGCCCCAGGGAACGAGGCCAUCAUGGCCAAGAUGACAACACGGGAGAUGCUGGAGAACAUGCCUGCCUUGGACCCCUGGAGCUCCAUCAGCUUCUCUGAGGAGGAGGAGGCAGCCAGGAGCAGGGCAACAAAGAGGAGGAGCCAGGAGCCCAGGACCAUGCCGGGGGUCUCCGCUGCCAAGUCCCCUCAGAGCUCUGCAUCUCCCUCGGGCUCCAAUGUCCAACAGCCUCUCCAGCCUUCGGAGCAGCAGAAGGAGCCUGGCAAAGAGCCGAGCCCAGGCGGGGUCCAAGUCCCAGAGCCUGGCACGGAGCAGAGCCAGGACAGUAGCCAGCAGCCGCAGCAGCCUACGCCUGCAGCCGCCCGGGCGAGUGACGCCGGGGCACAGAGCAGCGCAGAGGAGCCCAGCAGUGCAGGGAGGAAGCCGAGCACGCAGCAAGCUGGGCUCUGGAGCCGCCUGAAGAGCUGCUGCAUUCGCUGCUGGCUCUGCAGAUGCUGCCCCUGUUUGCAGCGCUGCUGCCCCUGCUUGCAGCGCCGCUGCCCCUGUUGGCAGCGGAAGAAGCAGGAGGUCCCCUAGGGGACAGCCCGGGGGGGAGGGACGGGGACUGGUGGGGUGCAGAAAUGGGCUUCAUCUCUUCAACACAGGCCAGGGGUUCCCAUCACCGUCAGUCCGUGCAGGGCUUCCACGCCUGAGGUCAAAGGGAGCAGCUCAGCACCUCCUCAGCUCCUCACAGCUUCCCUACCAGACGGGGAAGGCUGCGGGGGGCUGCUGGGCAGAGGAGGGGACAAGGAGGAAGCCACUGUCCCCCUACAGGAGCUCCUGGACUCCCUGCCCCGUGUGCAGCCUCUGGGCUGCCUGCGUGUCUGCAACAGCAGCUGUGGAAACUCCAAGUGCGGUAGGACGCUGCA